UCAUGUUUAUUUAAAUAAACGGAUGUUUUUAAAAAGAAACAUAAACAAGCUAGCCAUCAAACCUGUAAUUUAAAGCUGUGUCGUUAACGUAAUCGUGUUUUUUUUGUUUUUUUUUUCUUAAAGACUGUACAGCUGUACAACGCAGGUCCACAGAGCUAAUUAAAGAAGGCGACUGUACUUCACUACAGUAAAUCCGAGUGCACGCUGCCAGCGCUCUCCAAACCGGCACCAGCGGCGCGUAGUACUGCGAGCGCACCAUGUUCCAUGCCCAGUCUUGCAGGUUGAAGAACUUGCCCCGAUUUCCUGUCACAUGGUUGGUAAUAGGAUCCUUGCUUUCUGCUAUCUCUCAUGUCUGUAUGAUUCCGAUCAGCAGUGAGUUAAGAGACCAGAUGUGUUUAGAGGUAGCUUUAACUUGAAACGCUCGCAACUUGAUUUUUCAGAUCAGGGAGGCGCUGCGUCUAUAACAAGAAGUCACCUGCGACUCCCCCUGUUCAAAAAACAUUAAGAUCAAGCUGUGGGUGUCUUCACAGCCUGCAGUUUGGGAGAUUUGGAGAUGGAUUCUUUCACUGUUUCCGUCCUCAUUGUAGCUGGAUUUAUGCUCGCACUCUCUUCUGCACAGUUUGAAACGGAGUGCUACACGGCGAAUGGAGAAGAUUACAGAGGCAAGCAGAACCAGACCUGUCUUCACGGAGGGAAGCCCUGUCUGUACUGGAACGAGACCUUCCAACACCCCUACAACACAAUGAAAUACCCCAACGGAGAGGGGGGGCUUGGGAAACACAACUACUGCAGAAACCCAGACGGUGAUGUCAGGCCCUGGUGUUACAUUGCUGAUCACGAGGACAGUGUUUACUGGAAGUACUGUGACAUUCCCACAUGCCAGAUGCCAGGAAACCUGGGCUGCUUCAAGGACAGUGGGGACCCUCCUGCACUGACAGGCAGCAGCGAGACUUCGAACAAACUAACCAUUCAGAAUUGUAUCAGUUUCUGCAGAAGCAAAAGAUACAAGCUUGCAGGGAUGGAGUCCGGCUAUGCCUGUUUCUGUGGGAAUGAUCCAGACUACCGGCGACAAGGGGAGGCUGCCAGCACAGAGUGCAACCACGUGUGCUUCGGGGACCAUACCCAGCCCUGUGGAGGAGAUGGGAGAGUCAUCAUCUUCGACACACUGGUAGGGGCUUGUGGAGGAAACUAUAGCAGCCAGACGGGAGUGAUUUACUCCCCGGAUUUCCCAGAUAACUAUGGGAGCAGUCGGGUGUGCUACUGGACCAUCCAGGUUCCGGGUUCAUCGCUGAUCCUCUUCAACUUCACGUUCUUCGAUGUCAGGGACCCCUCGGACAUGGUGGAGCUGCUGGACGGGCACACCAAUCAGGUGGAGGCUCGGUUCGACGGCAGCAACCCCCCACAGCGUGCUGUCAAUGUUUCAUCCGACUUCGUCAUCUUGUACUUUUACUCUGACCGGAUCAACCAUGCCCAAGGAUUUGCAAUGUUAUACCAAGCUAUGAAGGCUCAGGCACCGAAAGUGAUUGAGGAGAAGAUCAAUUACACUGAACCUGAGUUGGAAGUGAUAACUGAGGGCGCCAAUCUGAGUUCGAAUUCCGGAAGAUCCUCACAGAUCUUUUAUGUCAUUACUUCCAGCCCCAGCAAACAGGAUCACCCCAUGCCAGUGUGGACUAUCUAUGCCUUGGCUACACUUCUAAUCCUGACUGCCAUAGCGAUGGUUGCAAAGAUGCUUCUACAUGUAACUGUUAGAUCACCACCAAUCACCAGCUCAGAAGACUGCAACCAAAAUACAUCAUCCGAACCCUGGAUCAUCUUUUACAGGCCUUCCACCAUCUCCUUCUUCAAGAAAAAGCUAAAGGACCAUCAUGGAGAUCUCAGUCCCCUCGUCGGCAACUAAGCGCUGGAGAAACCUGGAGGAAUGCUCUCCACAAGGACAGAAACAGCACGGCAGAAUCGAGGACAUAUCUACCAGACUGGUAGCCAUCAGCAUCAACCGUACACCCAAUCAACUGAAUGACUGAACAAUCUUUGGUCAGACAUGUGGGAAUCGGUGCUCAAUCAUGUUUUCUGGAACACAGGCAGUUGUAACUCUUGAGGGACAUGCAUGGUUUCCCAGGGUCAAACGAAGCACUUACCACAAUACACCAGAGGCUGAUGGAUUUGAACAGAGCAGUUAAGAGAGAACUCUUCCCAUAGCUACAGAACUUCUCAUGGUUCGUCAUACAGCCAGUAGCAUGCAGCACUCCAGGAUACAAGAAAACAGAAAGAGCUGGAAUCUAUUAAAACAUCAUACUUAACAACAGCAAGUUGGGAUCAGUGGACAACACAAGGGUCAUUGCCAUUGUUCUUACCCAAAAAUCCAGUUGGGAUUUGUCAUUUUCGUCGCAAAAGCCAAGGACUGCAAAACUUGGUCAUCACGUCAGUGAAAAAUCAAAUGCAGUUGAUCUGCAAAAUGCAUUUAAUAUUAAGAGAACGACUCUAGUGGAUGUAAGAAAAAUACAAUUAUGUAGUGCAUCUACAGCAUGAUUCGCACGGCAGUCAAAACCAGAUGUCCUCAUAGUUGGACAAGAGCAAAGUACAUCUCGUAGUCUCCAAGACGUGAACUAGUUUUCAUCAAGGAAAGUCUGUAAGUUCAAAAUUAAAUGCGAUGUUGUGACCAGAGAGGGCGCUUUUGUGCAUGAUUUGUAAACAGUGAACCGGAUGUAAGUAACUUCUACAAGAUGGAGGAAGAACAAAUCGUAUCAACAGAGCGACUUUUUAUUUCACUGUACCUUCUUUUCUAAAGGCCACAGCGCCUUGACAAUGGCAAAUAACCACAUCAUCCGUUGACUGGUAUGUAUUUCCAUGAGUACCUUCAAAUGUUUCAUUCAAAGAAUCAAUUUUUUUCACCAAUUAUGUUUUGUAUUUUUGCCCAUCCCCAAUUUGGUUAUGCCCAAUUGUAGCAUUUUACUGAACUCUAGAAUCUCAGGACAGAUCGUACCUGUUGGAUAUUCUAUUAUGGUUUAUUAUUGUAAAGGCUGGUAUUGCUUUGAGGCGAAUACCCUGGAAAUGCUGAUCUCAAUUGUAACAUGACACUGACACGGUCGAUUGGCACUGGACUACAAAGACAGGACCUCUGAGAAAAUUAUCAGGGAUAAAAAGAAAUGGGCGAUUCGCACAGGACUACAUCUCACCGAUGUCUGAAUUCCGAGGCCACCUGUUUAUAAACUGAUCUUUCGUUCCGUGCGGGUCAGGCUUGUGUAGUACUUCUUACAUCCACUAGAGUGUCACGGGGGGUUAGAGGUCACACUCCAGGCGUUCUUGAAGGUUAGACUUGAUUCCGAGAGGCAUGCUGAGGCUACAGGGGAUGUGAUGACUGAAAAUUAUACAAACAGUGAAUCUAAACAAGGCGAAUACUGUAGUGAAAAUCACGCUGAUAUUUUAUUCACACACACUCUUUUACAGCACUUGAAUUAUAUGUUAUCUGCACUGUGACAUCACAAGGACUGCAUUUUAAACACAGGCCAAUAGUCUGCAGUUUUAUUUUGCAAUACUAAAUUGUUGAUUUUUUUUUUUGUAAAUAGCUGGAGAAAGUCAACAAGGUGCUGAAUUGCAUUGACAAAUCAAACAGAACGAUAUAAUAUGUCAUUGUUCCCAAGGGUAAUACUACUGCCCUGGAAAGGGUAAAACAACAAGGACAGUCUAUCAGGAUCUCAUUUAGGACAAACAAUUUCUUAUUCCUGGUAGAAACCAGGAGACUUUUAGCUGACUUCAAUGAUGACUUCAAAAUGAUUGCUAAACUAGUCAGACAGUUCACCCUGCCAAACUGUAUGAGCUUCUUGGAGAUCAGAGUGCUGUAGGCAUAUGGGUGUACAACCUUCUUGUUCAUAACACGUUGUAGGUUAUUGUUUUUUUUUGU